AUGCAGGCCAUGCUGGGCGGCAUGCCGCCCGGCACCGCCCCGGCGGCCGACGGCUCGGUCCCACCCUUCGACCCCGCCACCGCUGCCGCGUACAUGCAGAUGAUGCAGUGCGCCGCAGUUGCCGUGUGGCAGGCAUGUAGCCAUGGAGGCAUGUAG